GUGUCUACUAUCGACAAAGUGGACUGCAGAUAUUCACUAAAGAUCUUUAUGCAGCGCAUUCCAAACCAUGAUCAGUUCCGUCUUGAAGAACAAGGGGAGCAGCUACAUCUUGACUCGGAAAUAUAUCACCAUUCCUUCUAUGUUACGGGAUCAAAUUCUGGAAUUCUCGUCCUUAAGGCAUUGUGAAUUAUCUACAGUUCAUGGGCUUCAAAAGUUCAAGAAGGCAGCUCAUUGCCAUCUUCUCAAGGACAACUAGGGAUGACAGUAAAUGCUGGCCUAGCCAGUGUCACUCAUGUCCCUUGGAUUAAUAUGUGUCCAGAGUCUGGAAUGCUUCACAGUUCAGCUGCAAAGUCAUCGAUGAUGGGAGUAAUUCUGGGGGCUGGAGUGGCAGUUGUGCUGAUUGCCACCACCAUCCUCAUUGUACACAGACGAUUACAAGAGAGAAGAAUUCAAGCUCAGGAAACCCCAAAAUACCGAUUCCGAAAACGUGACAAAGUAAUGUUCUAUGGACGCAAGAUCAUGAGGAAGGUGUCACAAUCCACGUAUUCCUUUGUUGGAACUUCAAGACCAAGAGCAAAAAGGAAAGCGAAAAUGCUGAUCAUUGCAAAACGGUUCUUGCACAUUAAUAAGGAAGUUCCGACCCUGCAGCCGAAGGAGCCCCCUCCCUCUGUUCUUGAGGCUGACCUGACUGAGUUUGAUGUUGCCAGCUCUCACUUGCCCUUGGAAGUGCUGUACAUGCUGAAGAACGUAAGAGUUCUGGGCCAUUUUGAGAAGCCUCUGUUUCUGGAGCUGUGUAAACACAUGGUCUUCCAGCAGUUCCAGCAGGGGGAGUACGUCUUCCGACUGGGCCAGGCAGACAACAGCAUCUAUGUGGUACAGGAUGGCAAGCUGGAGCUCAGCCUGAUGGGAACUGAUGGGAAGGAAUGUGUUGUGAAGGAGAUUUUCCCUGGUGAUAGCGUGCACAGUUUACUUAGCAUUCUUGAUGUUAUUACGGGUCACCAACGACCAUACAAGACUGUGUCUGCUCGAGCUGCUGAAGAAUCAACUGUGCUUUGUUUACCAGUGGAGGCAUUUCAGACAAUUUUUGAGAAGUAUCCUGAAAGCCUGGUCAGAGUAGUACAGAUUAUCAUGGUGCGGCUACAGAGAGUGACAUUCGUGGCUCUGCAUAACUACCUAGGCCUGACGAAUGAACUCUUCAUUCAGGAGAACCAGCCAUCACGCCUGAUUCCGCAAGCGAGCUGCACCACACGGACAAGCCCUGUGCGAUACCGCCGUUUCACCAGUGUGCCAGUAGCUGAAGAUCAGAAGGAUACUGCUGGGAAGUUGAUUCUUGACCCAGGUAUUCCUUUGGACCCUGCAUUGAAGGAACCACCAGACUUCUCAUAUGUAGUAAUAACCAAAGUCGAGGCUGAGACUGAUGACGCACCUAGCUUAGGGCAAAAGAGACUACUGAAGCGGCGUUCCAUACUGAAGGGAGAGCGCCCCAAGAUGCCUAAGGAGAGGGAGAUGUGUACAGAAUCAGAGAACCAGGACGAAACACAGUUCCAGGAAAAGUCUACAUUAGAGGACCCAACAGGAGAGGAGAUAGUCAAGAAGAAGCAGGAUAGGAAUCGGGUGGUGAAACGAGUCUCAAUCGCUCCCAUUGAACCCAUUUCAAAUACUGAAAUAGCUCAACCUCGCCUAGUAACAAGUACCAGUGAAGCAAGCGUACCUCUUCUGCAUGAGCAAGAGAAGGGAACAUCUCUAGAAACUAGUGAGGAAACCCAACUUGUUCCAGUAGGAAAUGAAGUACUAAAGGGACCAAUUUUGGAGAAUAAUCGGGGAGCAUUGCUGAGCCGCUGUAUAUCCAUGCCAUUGGAUAUUUCUGGAAUACAGAAAGGAGUUUGCUCAGACUUUGACAUGGCGUAUGAAAGAGGGAGGAUUUCAUCGUCCUUACAAGAGGAUAGCCCACUGAGCUCCAUGCCACUAAGCAGAUCUGCACCACAAGAGACCAGGGAGCGCAAGUCUGUGACAGUCGAGGAACAUCCGUCAUGUGUGUAUCUUUAUACUGAGGACGACACAGAUGAAGUCUAUGGAGCGCCUCAGAUCAAGCAUGUGGGAACUAUUUUCGAGGAGGCGAAGCAGGAGCUCCUGAAACUACUGCGUAUUGAGGAUCCAUCUCUUCUUAACAACCGCGUCACCUUGCACUAUGCCAAACCUGGAAGUGUACUGGCCCGUCAGGGAGACCAGGAUGUCAGUUUACAUUUUGUGCUGUCGGGCUACCUGCAUGUUUACCAGCGAAUGAUUGACAAGGAGGACGAUGUGUGCCUAUUUGUGACUCACCCUGGAGAAAUGGUGGGCCAGCUUGCUGUCCUGACUGGUGAGCCACUGAUCUUCACUGUCAAAGCAAACCGUGACUGCGUUUUCCUUAAGAUCUCCAAAUCGGAUUUCUAUGAAAUAAUGCGCGAACAGCCUAACGUGGUGCUCAGUGCUGCACAUAAUGUGGCUGUCAGAAUGUCUCCAUUUGUACGGCAAAUGGACUUUGCAAUUGACUGGAUGGCAGUAGAAGCAGGCCGUGCCCUCUAUAGGCAGGCUGACCGAUCAGACUGUACCUAUAUCGUCCUGAAUGGACGACUGAGGUCUGUGAUCCGCAAGGCUAACGGCAAGAAAGAACUUGUAGGAGAAUAUGGACGUGGAGAUCUGAUUGGAGUGGUUGAAGCCCUAACUCACCAGCCCCGCGCCACUACAAUGCAUGCAGUUCGUGACUCUGAACUGGCCAAGUUACCCGAGGGAACACUGAAUAAUAUCAAGAGAAGGUAUCCUCAGGUAGUCACUCGGUUGAUUCACCUUCUGGGUCAGAAGAUCCUGGGUAACCUGCAGCAGGUGCACGGGACAUUUCCAGGCUCUGGAAUCGGAUUCUCGACAGCUAGCAGUGCCGAUGUAACAAACCCAACCAGUAACCUAUCCACUGUGGCUGUGCUUCCCGUCUGUGACGAAGUACCAAUUGCUGCCUUCACCAUGGAGCUGACUCAUGCACUCAAUGCUAUUGGGCCCACACUGCUGUUGACCAGUGAUAUUAUUAGGCAGCGUCUGGGUGCAUCAGCACUGGACAGCAUCCAUGAAUACCGUCUGUCAGGCUGGCUGGCCCAGCAAGAGGAUAUCCACCGCAUUGUGUUGUACCAAACUGACUACAGCAUGACACCUUGGACCCAACGCUGCAUUCGGCAGGCAGACUGCAUCCUUAUUGUCGGACUUGGAGACCAAGAGCCCAGUUUGGGAGAGCUGGAACAGAUGUUAGAGAACACAGCCGUACGGGCACUGAAACAGCUCAUCCUUUUACACAAGGAAGAUGGUCCCAGUCCUUCCCGGACCGUGGAGUGGUUGAACAUGAGGAGCUGGUGUUCCGGGCACUUCCACAUCAAAUGUCCUCGCAGGAUCUUCUCUCGUCGGAGCCUCCAAAAAUUGAGGGAGAUGUAUGAAAAACUAUUUGAAAAAACAGCAGAUCGACACAGCGACUUUUCUCGACUGGCCCGAAUCCUCACAGGAAACACAAUCGCACUGGUCUUAGGAGGGGGAGGAGCCAGGGGAUGCUCACAUGUCGGUGUAAUGAAGGCCAUGGAGGAGAUUGGAAUCCCGGUCGAUAUUGUUGGAGGAACCUCUAUUGGGUCGUUUAUUGGGGCAUUAUAUGCUGAGGAGCGGAGUGCAGUGAGGACGAAGCAGAGAGCAAGAGAGUGGGCAAACGCAAUGAACUCUGUCUUCAAAACUGUGUUAGACCUGACCUACCCCAUCACCUCUAUGCUGUCGGGUUCUGCCUUUAACACAAGCAUUGCUGAUGUGUUUGAAGACAAACAAAUUGAGGACCUGUGGAUCCCAUAUUUCAAUGUAACAACUGAUAUCACCGCAUCUGCGAUGCGAGUGCACAAAGAUGGCAGUAUCUGGCGUUACGUCAGAGCGAGUGCAUCUUACGUCCCUUAUUUGCCUCCUCUCUGUGACCCCAAGGACGGGCAUUUGCUUGUGGAUGGCUGCUAUGUAAACAAUGUCCCAGGCUCGCUGUGGCGGUACGUGCGAGCUAGCAUGUCCCUCUCGGGCUACCUGCCACCACUCUGUGAUCCAAAGGACGGACAUUUGCUCAUGGAUGGAGGAUACAUCAACAACCUGCCAGCUGACAUCGCAAGAAAUAUGGGCGCCAAAACAGUGAUUGCCAUUGAUGUGGGCAGCAGGGAUGAAGCUGAGCUGAGUAACUAUGGAGACAGUCUUUCGGGAUGGUGGCUGCUUUGGAAACGCCUAAAUCCAUGGGCAGAAAAAGUUAAAGUGCCAGAUAUGGCAGAAAUUCAGUCUCGACUGGCUUAUGUCUCCUGUGUUCGACAACUGGAGCUGGUAAAAAGCAGUGCGUACUGUGAAUACAUUCGGCCACCUAUUGACAGGUUCAAAACCAUGGACUUUGGCAAGUUUGAUGAAAUUUAUAAUGUCGGAUACCAGUACGGAAAGGUGGUCUUCAGUAGCUGGAACAGGGGCGACAUUAUCGACAAGAUGCUAACGGACAGAAAAUCAGUCGAUUAUUAUGAAAUCAAGAAGAAGAAUGCCUUUAUGUCCUCGAAUGCUGCAUUCACUGACCUCGCUGAAAUUGUGUCUCGAAUUGAACCCCCAAAGAGCUACAAUUUAGCAGACGCAGAAGAAUCUGAUUAUCUUACUGAAUAUGAGGAUGAAGUGAUGGAUGCAGUGAGGGAUGAGGAACAAGAUGACAAUGAGGAGCUUGAAGACCAGGACGAUCCAGAAACCAACCACUCAGCUGCUGAAUGGACUCAGGAAUCUGCUUUUGAAAUGGAUGAACAGAACAAUGUAAGGCAUCGUAAAGCUGGCAGCAACACCCAGCAAAACCCCAGCACCCAAUCAGACUGUUGCUAAAACUCUACCUAGUCAGCCUAGCCAGCAACUCCCACUUCAGUAACGGAACCUAGCGAAAGAAAGGGAUUUACAAAAUUAUCCUGUUGAAUAGCAAAACAUCUCUUGCACCAAUCUUUGCGAGUGUGGUAUGCUACUUGUAUCAGAUUUCCUCCUCCAUCAGGGACUAUUUUCCUUCCUGUUUACAGGAGCUGGUUUCCAGCACUGGAGUGUCCAGGGGGCUUGCUGUCAUUUCAGUUUGCUGUUGGAUGCAGCAUUUCCUUUUAACUCCAGGUGAAGUGAAGCGAAGCUGCUGAAUCCCAUGUCCUCCUUUCAAUCAAUUUUCCCCUCGGUAGAAAAUCUUGCUGCUUGCUCCCAAUACUUUAAUUUUGUUUAAAUUCCAAGUCAUUGGGAUACUCAAGUGAGUAAGUAGGAUCGCCAGCAGCCCUGGUUUUGGGCUUCUGAUGCUGUGCUGGCUUUGUCAAAUCCUGUCACUUGCUGAGCUAGUCAGUGUCUGUCCAUUCUUUUAAUGCAGAUUGGUAACAAAUCAAGAAAGGAGCUAGUUUUUUAUUUUACCAGCGCUCCAGAUCCCCAUCAGCGGAGGUCAGUUUUGUUUAAACGCUGUUUAAACUCAGUGGGUGCUGUAUCAUAGCCAGUAUCUUCUAACAGAGAUCAGUCUUCAGCUCUGUGUUCACAAUCUGUUAGCUAUUAGCUGAAUUUACUGUCCUAAACUCCAGUUAGUACUGUCACAACUGAGAAAUUUAAUGUUGCACUGCCAUUUCUGAACCAUACCAUGUGGAUUAACUCCUUAGGAGAUGAUGGUUGAAUUACACUGUGAUAUUCCCCACACAGUGUAAGUAACAGAGUUCACUCCAUGAUAGAUGCAUUACUGUAGCUCUGUAUACAUGCAUCUUGUCCCAUUUUGUUCCGUUCCCCAUUUUCAACACUCUCUUUCUCCCGACCCACCCCCUUCACUCCCCCGCCUCUCCCCCCCACACCCCCCUCUGUUUGUCUUUCCCCCCCCCGCCUCAGUUCCCCAAGUUUCAAAGGGUUCAGAUCACUGUCCACGUUAGUUUACAAAACCAAUCAGUAAUUCCAGACUCUGAGAAUGAAAAGUGAAAAUGUCCUGCUCCGUGGAAGUCUCUCGGCCUGUUUAUCUCCGGUCUGUUCCUACUCUGCAAACCCAUGGCUUAAAUAAACACCGGCCCAUCAUUCCAUCACUGUGAACCUGUGGACAAGGAGCAGUGUACAGCACAAAACAUAGAGAGACCAGACGGAAGUCUUUGGAACAAGCACCAAGUCAAAGAAAAACAAAAUGCUGUGAAUGCUGGAAAUCUUGGAAGAAACAGAGUGCUGGAGAAAUUCAGCAGGUUGUGCAGCAUCAGUGGAGAGAAACAGAGUUAAUGUUUUGAGUCCAGUAUGUCAGUUCUGAAGAAGAGUCAUGAUGGACUCGAAAUGUUAACUCUGUUCUUCUGUCCACAGAUGCUGCCACACCUGCUGAGUUUCUCCAGUGUUCUGUGGUUUUAUUUCAGUAAAUAAGUCAUUCAAACAAAUGUUACACUUAAGGAAAAGCCCACGUAGUGCACUCCUGCUUAUAACAAUUUAAAUAUGAAAACUACUGGGAGCUUCUCACUGUCUCUUGGGUACAGAUGACCCUGAACUGUUUCAGGGAUAGAAUUGUACCUCCACAAGACAGGAAGGCUUUGUUGGGCUAUUGAUGGUUGUAAUGUGGUCCUAUACUAGGAUUCACUUUUUGUUUGGCACUGAUAAUGUUAUUGAAAUGUUUAAUUUUUGAAUAAUCAAUUAUUGCUGUUCAACUAUUUAAUCACCUGCACUGCCAUUAAUUUGUGACUUUUAAUUGGUUACUUUAUUCCCUCGACAUCCUCGAGAUGCUGCUUUGUUUAGUCUGAGAAGGUGAUGAGAUUAUGUUUUGCAGAUGGAGUUAUGAUUGUGUUCUAAUGGAUUUUAUUUGGCGGUGCAGAAUCUGCUGCCGGAUUCACAUGACCACAAACUAGUUACUGCUGUACGAGGAUUCACUUAGCAUUCCUCAUCUCCACAGCUGAUUAGACUGAAUAUUCACCAGUUGGGCCGAACUCACUGAGUUUGCCCAUUUAACAAGUAAUAGCACACUGACAUUCCUAGUCACCUAGCUAUCCUCCUCCUGUUUAAACCUCUGGACCAGAGUAAGUAUCGAAAGAUAAAAAGCUGCGUUGUAACGAAACACCUUAACCUUCCUGCUAUAGGCUCAUUUGUCAAAAGUUUUGAUAGUGCACCUUGUAAGUAGCUAGUUGAAGCACUGUUCAACCAAACCACUCCAGGCACUGCAGAACAGAAGCUACUUCCUGUAGAGCCCUUUCCAAGCUAGUCUGGAUAUGUCCAGAGUGACUCCGUCUGGUACAUUUCAGUGUCAACAGGGAAAACUCUAAAUUCCAAAGAGUAAGGUUAUAAUGAAUGUUGAGCUGCUAUGGAAAAUUAGCUGCAGCUUCAGUGAUAGGGAUAAUGUUCAUAACCUGUACUUAUCACCUUUUUGAAGUGAAGUCUAUAAAUCCGGUCUGUUCUAUCCUAGUAAGCAGUAACAUUUGGAUGUACCAACAUUUCAGUAAUAUGUGGAGAAACUUCACCAAUAGGAUCACGGUAAUGCAGUAAAGGGAGACAUGCUGUCAAAACUUUUCGUGGUCUGUUCAUCAGGAUGGAGUUGUUAGAACACCAGAUUUCAAAGACAGCAACAAGUUCUACUGUUCGUACUGUAUUAGUGUAAAUUAUUGUUCCAUUUGAAAUUUGGUAUUCUUGCGAUUACAUCCUGAUGAGUGCAACACGAGAAGCUUAAACAACAAGCCUCCUUUAACAGGAAUAGUAAGAUCCUGUUAUCGCUCACGUACUGAGUCAAGCGUCAGUGCCAGUCUGAAUUGAGGCUAUUGAAGAUGGCUACAUAUGAAAAGGAGCCCUCAGCUCCAGAAAUUGGGUUUUCAAUUCAGGAGAACAGUUGGUUUCGAGAUGAGGGGUUUUCAGUUUGGGUCAGAUAUCUGACCCAUUACAGUGUGCAUAGCACAGGAAGACCAGGCAGCACUAACAAGGUGCUUGCCUCUGGAAAGGGCAAACCAUGACCAUCCUGUUGGUAUGGGUGGUAAUGGCUUUGUGCCACCCCGCCCCCCCUUUCUUGCUCUGUAGUUAGUGCAGGUGGCUCGCUGCCCCCAAUGAGAUGCUGCUGGAUUGACAGAAUGGGCACAACUGUAACCAAAAGUGGAGACAUUCUCAGCAACGUUGCACAGACAUUGUGAAGAAACCAGCAGAUCCUUGAGAUUCUUGCACCUCCAACACUAGUAAUCUAACAAUGCAACUUUCAGUUGAACUUUUUUUAACCUGCUAUUUGCACUGGUCAGUAAUGGAUGUUGAAUAAUCCUGUGCAUUUUUGUAGUUUUAAUCAUUUGCAAUGAUUAACGUGAGAUUUAUUUCCAAAGUUAAUCAGCAAUAUAAUAAAUCAUUGACUAGCAGAAAAUGUCACAAUUUCUGAUGGUUGAAUAUUUAAAGGAAAUAAUGGUAUUAAAUACUAUUAAACAAUUUACUGCAAAAA